AUGGCGUGCGAAUACGGACUGCAAGCAAAAAGCGAACCUCAAUCUCAAAACUUUCGUGAAGUAUUUGUUGACGUUAUUGGUUCUUGCGAUCCGAACGAACCAGCAAAAAAAGCUUUCACUCGUUUGUUACACAAGUUGGUUGGGCAGCGAGACAUAUCAGCUUGUGAGGUUAUGCACCACUUAACCGGGAACGCAUUGUUUCAUUGCUCUAGACAAUUCGUGAAACUCUUCAUCUCAACUGACGAUUAUUUAAUCGUAUGUAAUGAUGAUGUAGCAGAAUAUGUGCCUCGGUCUAUUUUUGAACAUUAUGCUAACCGAACACAAGGUAUAGAAGGAAUGUCGUUAAAGGAAUAUGCCUCGGAAUACUUUAUCCAAAGAAGGGUUUUACGUAAAUGUCGAGCCACAAGAAUACUUCAAGUGAUUCCAAUAGUUAAAGCAAAUGUUUCUGAAGUUGAAGAUGAGGUUUACUACAAACAAAAACUCAUGGUAAACAAACCGUGGCGAGAUUCUGACGCCCUCAAAACACACACAACUUUGAAAGAGUCGUAUAUGACUGCUUCUUUGGAUUUUUGGGAACUUCCUGAUAUCCAGUCAAUGGAAGACGAAGAUGGCAUCGACGCUCCUGAAUAUGAUCCUCACGAAUGGAUAGAGCUGGUAGCAGCUUUUCCAAACCUUCUUCCAGUCGAGUACUUAGCUAAUCAGGAUAAUAUAUUAACUAAAAAUCCGAACGAACAACAGGCGCAAAUUAUACACUUUUUAAGUCAGCAACUUUGCAAGGAAAAUCUUGACAAACUGGUCUUAGUUCAAGGAGUCGCUGGAACAGGUAAAUCGUUUUUGAUCAACAAGAUGUUUCAGACCGUUGAGUCCAUUUACGGACAUUGCAGCGUGCUGCUGAUGGCCCCAACUGGUGUUGCUGCGAACAACAUUAACGGACAGACUAUCCAUUCUGCUCUCCGAAUAACUCAGAGUCGCGGUACAUUAACUGACCUCUCAGGAGCAGCUGAAAAAAAUUACCAAGAAUCUAUGCAAAACUGUCGUGUAAUAAUCUGUGACGAAAUGAGCAUGGUUGGACUCCGUAUGUUGUCUUUCAUUGAUAAACGCUUACGCCAAGCAUACCCAUCUCGUCAAGAACAACCUUUCGGUGGGUAUAUUGUUUAUUUCUUUGGCGACUUCAACCAACUUCCGCCCGUUAUGGAUCGUUCACUGUUGUCAAUACCUGACACCAACAACGCGGAUGCUUUGCACGAUCGCUUUCUUUACGAACAGUUCACUAAAGUCUUUGAAAUUACACAAAUCAUGAGACAAAUCGGCGAAGAACAAAAGCAAUUUCGUGAAACAUUAGGUAGAAUCGCUCUCGGUGAAGUAACGCAAGCUGACUACGAUUUGCUGAGCACAAAGAAGGAUGAUAUACGCGAAUACAAUUAUGCAAAACUUAGGGCACUAAAUCAACCAGUAGCUCUUAUCAAAGCUCAACAUAACAAUAUUACUGCCAGUCAAGCAAGCGAAGAUGAGGCUCAUGGUUUACCGGCCGUUUUGCAAAUUUCAACUGGUUGCUGUGUUAUACUCCGCCAGAAUUUAUGCACUCCUCACGAGUUGUGCAACGGAAUACUAGGCACCGUUACGGAUAUCGUAUAUUCACCAGAAGUAGAAUAUCCUUUAGACGCUGUGCCCCUUUGCAUUUUAGUGGAGUUCGAUGGAUACAACGGGCCAACUGUAUACGACGGGCUCAUACCAAUUGUGCCUCAAACAGUUGCCUUCCGAAAAGACAAAGCCGUGAUUGACAUUGGUCCGAAAGAAUUCGCUUUUGGGCUAACGUAUGUAGCUCUUUCAAGAGUAAAGACGUUCCAAGGGCUGCUAAUUGAUCCGAGUUUCCCUCGCGAUCGCCUGUUAAAAUCAGUCAACAACAAUGCUGGCUGGCGAAUGCGAAAAAAUGAACUUGCAAGGAUACGAGGACUCGCAGAAAAGAAUAACAACUGA